AUGAAAUCUCAAUUCGAAGUUUUCCUAAGACUAAAACCUUCCAACAACUAAUCCUAAAAUGCUAUGCAAUACUAAAUUUAUCAGAAUAAAAGAUUACAAGUUUUAUUGCCUAAACAUGUUAAAUUCGGAAUGAUCAACAACAGCCGAGACAAUUUGGAUUUCAAUUUUACUCAUGUUUUUGAUUAAAAAUCAAGUCAGGAACAUGUAUUUACGAAUGUCACAACUCCUGUUAUAAAUAGUUUUUUGGAUGGGUAUAAUGCCACUAUUUUUGCUUAUGGAUAAACAGGAUCUGGUAAGACAUAUACAAUGAGUGGAGCUGAAACAUGGUAGUUGAGAGGAGUUAUACCUCGAGCACUUUCUUAUAUUUUUGAUGAAAUCGAUAAAAGAACUAAAUUUGAAUAUAAAAUCUAUAUUUCAUUUAUGGAGAUUUACAACGAAAAUGCAUAUGAUUUAUUAGAAAAAAGACAUUUGGAAACUCCUUUGGAAUAGUGGAACAAAAUAGCAUUAUUUGAAGAUGAUCAAAAUAAUAUUCAUUUAAAAAACCUAUCCAUUCAUUAGUGUAACAAUGAGUAAGAAGGAAUUGAUCUGCUGAUGAUGGGCAACUUUAUAAGACAAGUCAGCUCCACUCCUAUGAAUUAAUCAAGUUCUAGAUCUCAUUGCAUUUUUACAGUAACUCUUGAAGGAUGUGAUACAACAAGUGAAACUUGUUUUGUUAGCAAAUUACAUUUAGUUGAUUUAGCAGGAUCAGAAAGAAUUAGUAAGUCAUAAGUGGAAGGCAAUCUAUUGAAUGAAGCAAAAUAUAUCAACUUAUCUUUAACCUAUUUAGAAUAAGUCAUAAUAGCACUGAAUGAAAGGAUGAAAGGAGCCAAUAGACAGCAUAUUCCUUAUAGAAACUCAUUGAUGACAACAUUAUUAAAGGAUUCACUGGGAGGUAAUUGCAAAACUGUGAUGAUCGCCACAAUAAGUUCUGAAAAUGACAAUAUUGAAGAGUCACUUUCCACUUUAAGAUUUAGUUAAAGGGUUGGACAAUUAGAGAAUGAGAUAAGGAGAAAUGAAAAGGUAGAUUUGGAAGCUGUUGUAAAAAGAUUAGAACAAGAAAAACUAGCCUUGAUAAGAGAAUUAGAAUAAUAUUAAAGAGGAGGGACAUCCACUUCAAGUAAUAAGAAAAUAUAAUAACAACAAUAAAAUUUAUUACCUUAAUCAAGUGGAAUGCCUAUUAGUUAAAAGGAGGUUUAAGAAAAAGUUGAACUAUAUCUAAAUGAAAGGAUUCCUUUAUUGGAUGUGAAAAGUGUUGAAGAAACAUAGAAGUGCUUUGAAGCUAUGAAGGAUUUAUAUAAUACAAGAAUGAAGGAGUAUGUGACAGAACUUACAUUCAUCUCUGAAAAGCUAUAAAAAUAUGAUGAAAUAUUAACCAGAAAGUAUGAAAAUAUAUAAAGUAUUAGAAAAGAACAGAGUUCCUUCCUUGAAUAAAAAGAGAAUAGUUCACCUGAGAUUGAAGUUUAUAGAAGAAACGAGUCUCCACAGGUAUAAUUCAAAAAAAGACCAAACUAGUGA